ACCUGCUACUUGCCACACCGCGGGAUUUUUUUCCCGAGAAAAUUACUGCGAGGAAAUCGCGAUUUUCACGGAAAGUUUCGAAAAUCUUCCUAACCGAGAAAUUCCAUAUAAACCCGCUUCACUGCCAGGCCGAUGCAUCGAGCGCCAAUCCCCCCUCUCUCUCUCUACUUUCUUGCUCUUUCUUGACUUUGAAUUUUCCUCGCUCCUGCUCCCUCGAGAAGAAUUCGUAACGCCCAAAAAGCAGAUCACCGCAAAAGCGUCUCUGCUUUUGGCGGAGCGAGAAGGCGGAGCGAGAAGGCGGCGAGGAGGAGCAGGAGGAGGAGGAGGAAGAGGGACUCGCGCUUUACGCGUCUUUCUCGCUCGCGAUACUUUCCUUGCUCGUGUAGCGCUCGCUCACUCGCUCCCGUCUUUUCGCGGCGUGGACCGGCUCCCUUUCGGCGUGCAUGCGAGUUCGAGCAAGCAACGCCGAUUCUUCCGCCGCUGCUGUGCCUUCGGUUCGCGCGUGAUCGAUUCGGGGCGAGGGAAUCGAGAGACGGCGGGGGAGGGAGAUGAAGGGCGAGGAUCAGGCGCGGUCGCUGUUCGGGAUUUCGCUCUCCGAUCGCCCCAGGUGGCAGCAGUUCCUCAUCUGCUCGGCCGGGUUCUUCUUCGGCUACCUCGUCAACGGCGUCUGCGAGGAAUACGUGUAUAAUCGGCUCCAAUUCAGCUAUGGUUGGUAUUUCACCUUCAUACAAGGAUUCGUGUACCUGGUACUCAUAUACUUUCAGGGUUUCACCACCAAGCAAAUGGUCAACCCAUGGAAAUCGUAUGUGAAGCUCUCUGCUGUGCUCAUGGGUUCUCAUGGAUUGACCAAGGGAUCUUUGGCUUUUCUCAAUUAUCCUGCCCAGAUCAUGUUCAAAUCCACAAAGGUUUUGCCAGUCAUGGUGAUGGGAGCAUUUAUCCCUGGCUUGAGGAGAAAGUACCCAGCUCACGAGUAUAUAUCAGCUCUGCUUCUAGUAGUUGGUCUGAUUAUGUUCACCUUAGCAGAUGCUCAGACUUCUCCGAAUUUCAGCAUGAUUGGUGUUUUGAUGAUCACUGGAGCUUUAAUCUUUGAUUCAUUUCUUGGAAAUUUGCAAGAAGCAAUAUUUACCUUGAAUCCUGAUACAACGCAGAUGGAGAUGUUAUUCUGUUCAACGGUAGUCGGCUUGCCUUUCCUUGUUCCACCAAUGAUCCUUACAGGGGAGUUGUUUAAGGCUUGGAAUUCAUGUUCUCAGCACCCAUACGUGUAUGGGGUGUUAAUUUUUGAAGCCAUGGCCACAUUUGUUGGACAAGUCUCUGUUUUAUCCCUCAUAGCCAUCUUCGGGGCCGCAACUACUGCAAUGGUAACAACUGCCAGGAAGGCUGUCACUCUCUUGUUGUCGUACUUGAUAUUCACAAAGCCAAUGACGGAGCAACAUGGAACGGGGCUUCUGCUCAUAGCCAUGGGGAUCAUAUUGAAGAUGUUGCCAGAAAACAAACAACCUUCCAGGGGUACAAUGGCAAAUGUUGGUUCUAAGCAUGAGAAAUCUCCACACCGAGGACAGAGCAGACUUGUUGACAAUGGGGAAGCUGAAGAAGAAGGAAGGCCUUUAGUAUGAUUGAAGGUGGCCCAUGUUCUUUUCCUCUUGCCCUUGUUUUAUGUUCUUUUCGCAACUUUUCACUCUAUUUUCUCUUAGCUUGCAAGAUCACAUGUCACAGCUAAAGUAAGAAAAAGAUAUACCUGAUAGAGCUAGAGAGUGCUGCCUAGACAUAUUCAUUGUCGAUAGAUCUGUAGUUUCAAAGGCUUCUCAGCGAUUACACAUCCACCAAGCAGAGAGAUCUUUACAUCAUCUUGCCGAGAAAGGCAAUGGUUAGUACUAGAAAGCAAAGGGAGCACUCAUAUAGCAGUGUUUUGUCAAAUGGAUGCUCUCUCUUUUGGGAUGUUCCUAAUUGUGAAUGAAGAGGGUCCAUUUAUUUUUCUCUCCUGGCGGUGUCUUUGUCGAUGAUGUACAUAAUUCGGGUGCCUUGUUGAACAGAUUGUGCAUUCCUUUUAAGUCAAUUUAAUAAGUUCACCUCUUAUACCACCCUCA